AUGGUCCUCAAGACCAUGAAGAACAAGGCAACGAAUUUGCAGAAACUAUUUUGUACCGAGAGUUUAGGGUUUGCGGGGGGUGCGAUCUACCGAUGGGCAUAUUCCAAUGUCAGUGCGCGUCAACGGCUCUGUUUGAGUGGAGUUGAGGAUAGCGCAUGCGCUACGGUAGAGGAGGUUUGCUACAUCGACCACCAAGGCUUUUUCGAUUUUACGCAAAACAAAAACAGAGUUCAAAUUCCUGUCAUGAAGCAGAGAAUCAUACCUGAAGCGUACUGGCCUCCAUAUUUCAGCCGUGGAAUGAAGUGUCCUGGUAGAUACUGGAGCAUCACUCGAAAAUUGCUAUUUCUGCAUGACCCAGGUACAGUCCGCAGGUGUGGCUGUGACCACCCCGCGAAUGUGGCAGUCACUAUCAGACCAAGCCGAUGA